GCAAACAUAGCAACAUCUAUUCUACUCUAAAACUCUCAACAUGAAGGCCUCUAUCUCUCUUGUAGUUCUCGCCAUGGCUACUUUUGGCAUGGGCGCUGCGAUUGAAAGCCGCCAGAGUAGCUGGGGUCCUUACACCUGUCCCACUAAGGCGCAAUGCGAAGCUUCGUGCGAAGCUGCUGGACUUGUAUACUCUGCCAGCGACUGUAACAACGCAUGGGUUAACUGUGCUUGCAAUUAACAGGCAGACGAGGGGUAUACAUUGAGAACGGGAGGAGGAUUAGAGACAAGGUUUUGAGUGAAUGAGCCGUUUUCGGUUGAUGGAGGGGGGGGUGGAGAGGAGAUGGGCUGUGGAAAGCUGAGGGAGAGGAGGGAUGGCUGGGGUAGUGUGGAAUGGAAUAUUGGAGUAGAAUGAAUGCA